CCAUCUAUCCGAGCGCAGAAUUUCAACUCGAAAUAAAUAAAUGACGAUGAACAAGUCCAAAGCCACACACAAAGAAAAAGGGAACAUAGAUUCCAUCCUCAUUUGCUCCACCUCCAAGCAAACAACAAAUACAUCAUAGGCAACAACCUGGAACCACCUAGAGCAGAUCGAGAAGCCCCGCGAAAUCCUUUUUCUUUCCUCAAAAUCUGAACCUUUUUUUACGAGUUCCUCAGCAGCAGCCUCCUGGAGGUGAGUUGCGCCAAAUUUGGUGCCCAGAUUGGCCGGAGACCAAAAAGAGGCGCCAUUUGGGUUUGCACGGCUCUCGGAGAAAACGGCGGCCAUGUCUUCGCCUACUGCCAUUUGAUCCGAGGGUGGCCUGGCACCGUCGUCGGGGAUGGAGGCGGACGAGCUCCUCAAGAAGAUACGGCUGCUGGAGGAAGGGCAGGAGGAGCUCAAGCGGGAGAUGGGCAGGCUCAUCCCGGACCGCCGCGGCGGCGGCGGCAGCGCCGGGCAGUCCUCGGCGUCCCCGCGCCGCCCCUUCCCCGCGCUGCAGCAGGCCUCGUCGUCGGCGAGGGGGCGCGCGCUCGCCCUGCUUCAGCAACGGCCGCAGCGGCCCGGGCUCUCCGACAGGCACUGCCACAGGAUACUGCAGUCGCUGGGGCAGGCCGUGCACGUCGUUUCCCUCGAGGGGAAGGUCUUGUACUGGAACCGGUUUGCCGAGCAUCUGUAUGGCUAUUGUGCAUCAGAAGCAAUUGGCCAUGAUCUCCUUGAAUUAAUCUGUGAUCCUGGUGACUUCAGUCCAGCACACGAGAUCAUGCAGAAUAUAUUUAUGGGCAAGUGUUGGAGAGGGAAGUUUCCUGUUAAGCAUAAGUCAGGAGAGAGGUUUUAUGUUGUUGUGAAUAACACUCCAUUAUAUGAUGAUGAUGGUAGCUUGGUGGGCCUCACCUGUCUGUCAGGUGAUGCACGGAUAUUGGAGGAAAUGGUUAGUCCUGCAGUCUUAGGGAGAUCCUAUCCAAAUUCAGCAAUAGGCAACAACAGGCUCAAAAGUGGUUUGCAAAACAAAGGUUCAUCUGACUCCCGACAACCUCUCCAAUCUGCCAUCACAUCCAAGAUAACAAAUUUGGCUACAAAGGUUACAAGUAGAGUUCGUUCUCGGAUAAGGGCAGGUCAGAAUUGCGACGAACAGCAUGGUAGCAGUCAUGAGGGUCAGGAUUCUGAACAUGAUGCCAGAGAGGAGCCAACAUCAAGUGAAGCAAGCACCCCAGGUGGGGAUGUACUGCAUGGUACCUUUGUUACCGAAGAGAAAUCACCUCAGGACUCGAGAAAAACAAACAGUGACGAUUCAGGUGAAGGAAAAGGAGGGUUUCAGAAGAUCUUUAGUUCAAAGGCAGAGGCAUUACUGGGCAAGAAGGGGAUCUCAUGGCCUUGGAAAGGAAAUGAAAAUGAUGGUGUUUAUGGAAAAAAUAACAUGACUUCACCACGGUUACAUGAUAAUCAAGAGAACGCCCAGAGUCAUGAGGGAGUUCCAAUUCUAGAGCCUAUCAUAAUUCCGAACAGCAAGGACGCAGAAUAUGCCCAGGCAGGCAAAUACGAGGUCUCAGGUUCCUGGUGGACUUUCAACAAUAACAGCACAACUAGUACCAUGAGCAGCACUAUAAGUAGUAAUAGCAGUGCUAUCGAGAGACUAGAUUAUGAAGCUGACUGCCUAGAUUAUGAGAUACUGUGGGAAGACCUAACACUUGGAGAACAAGUAGGUGAAGGUUCUUGCGGAACAGUGUAUCAUGCUUUGUGGUAUGGAUCGGAUGUGGCAGUUAAAGUAUUCUCCAAGCAGGAAUAUUCAGAAGGAAUGAUACAUACCUUCAGACAAGAGGUUUCUCUGAUGAAAAAGUUACGUCAUCCCAAUAUAAUACUUUUCAUGGGUGCAGUUGCAUCUCAGGAACGACUUUGUAUUGUUACAGAAUUUCUCCCACGAGGGAGCUUGUUUCGCUUACUUCGAAAGACCACUGGCAAGAUGGAUCCAAGGCGGCGAGUUCACAUGGCUAUAGACAUUGCAAGGGGCAUGAAUUAUCUUCACAAUUCUAGCCCCACUGUUGUACAUCGUGAUCUAAAAUCGUCAAACCUGUUGGUUGAUAAGAACUGGACUGUGAAGGUUGCAGACUUUGGUCUUUCACGCCUCAAACUCGAAACAUUUCUAACAACAAAAACUGGGAAAGGAACACCACAGUGGAUGGCUCCAGAGGUGCUGCGUAAUGAACCUUCAAACGAAAAGUCUGAUGUGUACAGCUAUGGCGUAGUCCUAUGGGAGCUUGCUACUCAAAAGAUUCCUUGGGAUACUCUUAAUACAAUGCAGGUCAUCGGAGCCGUGGGUUUCAUGGACCACAGAUUGGAAAUUCCAAGCGAGGUAGACCCUCAGUGGGCAUCCAUGAUUGAGAGUUGUUGGGACAGUGACCCACAACUCCGCCCUUCGUUCCAAGAACUCCUGGAGAGGCUCCGGGAGCUGCAAAAGCAGACUGCCCUGCAGGUGCAGAUGCAGCGGAAGGCGGCUGGGAAAGGUGUUGAAAAUAUGAGCGUCGAAGAUGGCUAGCUUGGUUUGGGUACCAAUUUGGAUCGAUUGUAGCAGCCACUGUGAGGGUGGUUCAUUGAGCUCGAGCCGGGGAAGUUCGAGGAAGUCCUCCGUGCUUACCCUCCGGAGAUAAUAUGGCCGGAGUCUCAGUCCAGUUGCCUGACAGGUGGUGUGCAGCUUGAUGGAUUGCGAUGUUGAAGCCCUGAAAUGCAGUUUAACUUCGAGGAGGAAGGCCAUAUAACACUCGUGGCAUGGCAAUCAGUUCGAAGCAAUGUAGGAGGAACAAUUUGAUCAGUUCAUCGCUGCUUGUGAUGGAGUUUUUGUAUAUCAAAACUUGUAUGCAUACGUACUUUCUGGUGUGACUAGUUAGGGAAGCUGAAUGGCAUUGGAGUUUAAACAAUUUUAUUCAUUUACGGUAUGCAAUUCAAUUAAAACUCUAAAAAUCAUAAAACAAAUCCAUUGUAUUCCGUGGACAA